AUGGAUAGCAUGAGUGAGGCAUUUGAUCAAAUGCAAAUGGUCAAGGAUGUUCUAGCCAACAGUGAUAAAGUUUCAGAGGUCCUACAAGAGUCUACUCAUCAGUUCAACCUGCUUACUUCACCCACCUUCCUACCAAAGGUCAAGGAUCAAGGGAAAUUCACUCUCCCUUGCACACUUGGGCAUCUUGAGAUUGACAAUGCCUUAGUGGAUUCUGGAGCAAGCAUCAAUCUGAUCUCUCUCUCCAUGGCAGAGAAGCUAGGCAUUGCUGGAGCCUUGCAGCGCCCUACUACUUCAAUCAUGUUUGGAGAUGCAACUUCUAAGUCUCCUCUUGGAGUGUUCAAGAACUAUCACUUGAAAAUUGGAGAAUGCAUCAUCCAAACUGAUCUCACUGUGAUGGAAAUGGAAGAAGAGAAGGAUUACCUCUGUUAUUGGGAACCCCUUUCCUUACCUAGAGGUUCAGACUUUUGUGCCACAAUUGACAGUACCACUCUCAGUUCUAAGAGUCAUGGAGCUACAAAGGUUGUGAAGGAAAGGGUUGACAAAGAACCAAGAGUUGGGAAGGAUAAGGAUGAGAGAGGACCAAGGAUUGAGAAGCCACGUCUUGAGAGGGCUAGAGUUGAGAAACCACGUCUGAUAGGCCACGAGCUGAUCGACUUGUUCAAGCCCCUUGUGUGCUUGAUGAAGAGAGCCUUCAAGCUUUGUUUGAUGAGCCACUAG